GCUAGCUCGGCACCUACCUGAUCUAUCCCCCGAGUUCGCGUUGCCCCUCCCAUCAAGCACCGUCGCCCGGGCAUAAUCUAUCGCUCAAGGAGGAAGGACAAAGACGCUGUUGUUCCCUAUUGUCAAAGGCUAGGUACAGCACAUCGUUUACGCCAACCCGAGACUACCUACGUAUCCUUCUCGCUGUUUGAUUGCAUCGAGUACCUACCUACCUGUCAAAACCCCUUUCGGACUCGUCCGUCUGUUGUCGUGUCGUCGCGCCACCUUCGACACCAUCCAUAACUGCACCCGAACCAAACUGAUUGUAUCGGCGGCAGUCUUGGACAACAACCACCUUUACCUGAGCAUUGACGAACCAAAUCCAAAGAUCUGAACCGCGCCAAACUUUUUGUUGAUCAUCUCAGAUCGUUGUUCAAUUCGAACCAGGUAACAAACCUGGCUGGACCUGCAAGACCAGAUCAUCAUCUGAAGUACGGACGAACACUAGCAAGUUUUCUCGGACGUGCGCAACCGUCGACUAGUCAACUUUGUAUCAUUUCCCGCAAGUUUACCUAGGUACCUAGACCGAAUCGAUGCACCAACGUUUUGUCUCGAACUGCUGUUAGCUGCCAGUCACCACACCACGUCUGGACCUUGAUCCUGCCGUAUUAGUUACCUGGCACGAACCCUGGGCACCCUGGCUUUCUUUUGUGUGGGUUGGCUCUCGCCUGGGAUACGCUGCGACGAGCAAGGCGGCUUUCCAACUCACUUCAACCCAACCAUUACCGCCGACUACCACCGCCAUCCAGUCGCUGUCCGCUGUGCAGCAUCAGCGCCCGACCGCUCGUUCUCAACGCAAACUGCAGCGCCUCCUUUCCGUUGGGUGCAUAAUUCCCCAAACAAAAAUUAAUGGACCCGAUCACCGGUGCACUGUACGAUUGAACUCGCAUCGAUUGAAUGCAGACGUCGAACCACCUUUGUUAGAGUUACCGCCGUUGCACGUACGCAAGCACGUCGCGCGUCAAAAAUGUCAACCACAACCCUGCCGAGGGCGGCCAACGGGCCACCGACCUCGGCCCUCCCCGCCUUACCCGUCGGGAAAACACGAAAGACUGCCGGGGGCAUCGUCGCUCCCUCACGCUCAGCCAGCAGCACACCUAGGAGCGGCCUGCGUGCUCCAUCGACUUCAUUUCUCCCUCCCUCAACGCCAGCACCAACAACUGCAUUACCACAGCCGCGAUCGGUUUCUGGUAUUGUUGGACCGGGUACCAAGACCAUCCGCAAGACCGUCAGCAUCAACUCAUUUCCUCAGCCUCCCCGUGGCGACAGCGGUCGUGCCAGCCUUCCACCCAGUCCUCUCUCCAGUGGCGCAUCCGCCUCCCGAAGACCGAAAACCGCGAUAAGUGCAGAUACCCACAACUUGGGCAGCACGCCAAGCCUGCUAAACGGCUCAGAAGGAAUAAAGUCUGUCCGUAACGCCGGUGCCAGGAGCUCCGACGGCUUCAUCAGUGUAGGAUCACCACCACAGAGCCGUAGCUCAUCAGCACAAGACUCAUAUUCAACCUCGGCCACGCAGUACGACGAUAUGCCGGAUGGCACGCAACACAAACCAAGCGCCGGAGGCGAAAGCAAGAGAACAUCAAAAAUUGAUGGAAAGGGAAACGUGAUAGUAAGCGUCAGGGUACGACCCGAUGCAGGAUCUAAUGAACAUGGCAGGACAGAGGGAGAAUGGAUGGUCGAUGGAAGAAGAUCGCUCAUCUCAUAUCGCGGCAAAGAGGGCGGUGAUUACUUUUACGAUAAUGUUUUCGCAACGCACGACGACAACUCAAAGGUGUAUGAUCACAGCGCCAAGCGCUUGGUCAGGAGAGUCAUGGAGGGCUACCACGGCACGGUGUUUGCCUACGGAAUGACGGGUACGGGAAAGACUUUCUCCAUGCAGGGUACUGCUUCAUCACCUGGUGUUAUUCCACUAGCGAUUACGGACAUUUUCUCGUACAUUCGAGAGACACCCUCGAGGGAGUUUCUGCUACGCGUCAGCUAUCUGGAGAUAUACAAUGAAAGGAUUCAUGAUCUCCUUAGCAUGCCGACCGGCAGCGGGGUUGGCGGUAACACAGCCCAAGAGGAGAUCAAGUUGCGGGAGGACAGCAAGCGUGGAGUCUAUGCCAGUCCGCUCAAGGAGGAAAUUGUGCAAAGUCCGACCCAGCUACUGCGUGUCAUUGCCCGAGGUGACCAGGCACGCAGGACGGCCAGCACACAGUUCAACGCCAGGAGUUCCCGAAGUCACGCUGUCGUGCAGAUUGUUGUGGAAAGUCGGGAACGGGUACCGGGUACUUCUUCGGCGGGUGGCGACAGCAAGCGAUCCGGCAUGCUUCCCGGCGGCGUGCGUGUGUCGACGCUGAGCUUGAUCGACUUGGCAGGCUCCGAAAAAGCUGCUGAAAGCAAGGAGCGCCGUACGGAAGGUUCGCACAUCAACAAGAGCUUGUUGACUCUUGGUACCGUUAUCUCGAAACUGUCUGAAUACAAGGACAAGGAUGGAAAGAUGUCGGAGAAGGACGGCAAGCAUCUGCCGUACCGAGACAGCAAGUUGACCAGGCUGUUGCAAGGCGCUCUCUCCGGAAAUUCACUUGUCAGCAUCCUCUGCACGAUCCAGACUGGCGCUGCUGGUAGCGUGGCAGGAGGAGGGAACACGCACGUCAGCGAGACUAUCAACACACUCAAGUUCGCAGCACGUGCCAAGAACAGCAUCGUCAGUCAUGCGAAGAAGGCUGAGGAGGCUCUUGGAGCAGGUGGCGAGGGUGGUGCGAGGGUUCUGCUUGAGAGAUACCGCAUGGAGAUCCAGGAGCUCAAGUCUCAGCUGAAUUCGCAAGCGAAGAACAGCAAGGGAAAGGAUACCGAAGAAGCCAAGGCAAAAGAUGCCGAGGAGGAAAAGGCUCGCGAGAAAGAAGCUGAGCAUCGACACGAAGAACAGCUUCUUGAGAUGCAGCUCGCGCGCACAGCACUCAAGGAGAGGAUAGAUCACCUGAACAGGCUGAUUUUGAGCUCCAAAUCAACAGGUGUUAAUUCCAACGGGUCAUACAGCUCGCUGGGAAUGCACCCUCGAUCGUCGCUCGUCUCAGUCAGGUCAAUGGGGACAACUAGUGGGCGGUCCCUUCUGGAGAGGACAUCGUCAAUGACAUCAUCUUCUUCUACCCUUGGUCGACGCACCAGCAGCCGGCGGGUGUCGAGCAGCGUGGGAGAGAUGAAUGUUGAGGAAGACGACAGCCAUGGCGAGUAUGGAGACGGAAUCGCAUCUCUGGCAGCUCAGAACCGAGCGCUGCAGGCCGAUCUGACGGACAAGAACCGGUACAUCGCGACGCUGGAGAAGCGCUUGCUACAGGCUAGAAGGACAAGUUCAGCACGGGCGUCAGUCGGUAUGGGAGGUUCCAAGGGAAUCAUGGUCGGUGAGGACCACAGCGUAGCGACAGUCAUCAAGGAGAAGGAUGCCGAGAUUGCCGAGCUUCGUGCUCGUCUUGAUGACAAGGAUCGGAUGUUGAGUGCACUGCGGAGCGCUGCGCGGUCGAGAGACAACGCGGACCGAGUCGAAUCGCGGGCCGAGAUGCGGUCAUCACAGAUCAUGGACGGCAGUACAAAAUCCCCGACCGAGCCGCGCGCAUCACAGAUUAUAGAAGGACCAGCGAAAUCAAAAUCACCGCUAGGGUCACCACCAAGUCAAGCAGCACCGUCACCGCCCUCGCUUGCUCGGCAAAUGUCUGGGAUUAAGAAGCGGACAAAGAGCGUGGACGAAAUGAGCCGCAUACUCGAUGAAAUGAUUCAGGAUCGUGUCGAGAGUGGUCAAAUCGUCCGUGGCGUGCGUGGCAGCGUCAGGAUUGCCAGCGAACAACGGAAAGCCCCUACCAUCACAGCAGACGACCAACUUAUGCAUGAACCGAAGCCCGCGUUGGCUUUGCAGGUCUGAAGCUCAUAAUGCUUCACGAACUGCUUGACCUGGUGGCUUUUUUUUGUCCUUUUCUUUUCAUACCCUUUUUAUCUUUUUUUCUUUUUUUCCCCCCCUUUCCUGGAGGACUUUCUCCUCUAUCAGAUUUUACCCCCGCGGGUUCACAUUGUUUCCUUCACUCGGCACAAACAUUAAUGGGCUGUCUUUUGAAAAAGAAAAAACAAGGGGUUGGUGCUGUCUUUUUUUCCUGGGAUGACUUAUUGAUCUGGAGUUUUAUUCCUAUCUUUGGGCUUGGAUUGUUUCAGUUUUCCUUGAUACCAGCUGGCGGCUAUAUAUUCUUUUUUCUUAUGUCGGUAUUUUGUUUGUCGUUCGCUGGCUGGUGUCGUUCCUAUACCCGACCUAAGAUCUUUUUUCCUUCUUGGGUCUUUCUCUGACUUUCGUUACUGUUUUGGUUUGUCUUUUCGUCUUGAUGGCAGUCAGUUUGGACGCUCUCUCUUGUCUUGUUUGCAAACGUUGGGCUGUAUUAUAUAUAUCCACGCUUUAAAUAGGGUGCAGUAGAGAUUUACAUGAUGGGAAUGAUGUCGCAAGUUUUGGUUGUUUGGAAGGCAAGUCCUUGUAAAUAAUACAGGGAAAAGCGACAGAGCGAAAUAAAAUAAAAAAAAGAUUUUUUU